UAAGCAACCACACCCUCUUUAUUUCUUUCUUUCUUUCAUCAAAUCCUUGUUUUUCAGUCUUCCAUAUUUCUUCUCCAAUUUUGACCCAAACUAUUUGCUCUUCAUUUGCAAAGGCUUGGUUUUUGUGCAAGGCAAAUAGUAACUACCCUUAGCCUCCAUCAAUGGAUAUAAGCUUAAGGCUCCAAGAUAGAGAGAACCAAUCUUUAAACUCUCCAAGAACCAAUCUCAGCAACUCCAUGAGUAGCAGUAAUAGCAUUGGCAUCAAAAUCCCCACACCACCUCUUACCCCAAACACCAUCCCUAGAUCUGACUCAAACCCUUACCCUACAACCUUUGUCCAAGCUGACACUUCCACUUUCAAGCAAGUAGUUCAAAUGCUUACUGGCCCAUCAGAAACCACAAAACCAGCAUCAUCAAAAGCACACCCACAAGAUCCAAUUCCACCAACACCAUCAUCAUCAUCAUCAUCCAGAAACUUCAACAUCCCACCCAUGAAGAUACCACCAAAGAAGCAGCAGGGGUUCAAACUCUAUGAAAGGAGGAACAACAACCUCAAGAACACCCUCAUGAUCAACACCUUGAUGCCCAAUUUUGCUCAAAAUUCUGGGUUCUCUCCCCGCAAGCCAGAGAUUCUCUCACCAAGCUUGCUUGAUUUCCCUUCACUUGCUCUUAGCCCUGUCACUCCAUUGAAUGAUGACCCUUUUGACAAGUCCUCACCUUCACUUGGAAGCUCUUCAGAGGAAGAUAAAGCAAUAGCUGAGAAGGGUUUCUACUUGCAUCCAUCACCCAUGUCAACUCCUAGAGACUUCGAGCCACAGCUCUUGCCUCUUUUCCCUGUGACUUCACCUAGAAUUUCAGAAUCUCCUUCUUGAGAAAGAAAAGAGGUUGUGUAUCAUCAGGCUAUGAUCAUUGGGUUUUCAUUUGAUUUUUAAUCAAUAGGUACAUAGCUUGCUCAAUUUGUAAACUUUUCUUCCUCCAAUGUAAUGACAAA